CUAGAAAUCUCAUCAGACAUCAUGGCAGAGAAAAGGCUUCCUGUUUUUGUUGGUCCUGGUCUCCCCGCAUUUCCGCAAAAACGCUUAAGAAUAGACAAUUCUGAAAUUUCAAAUGUCGACCGUGCAACGCAGUCUGUUUCAUCAGGUAUAGAACAUGAUUCCUGCAUCGGGGAAACGGGUAACAAUGUAAUGCGGGAAGAUAGUGACGACGAGGAUUCAUACACCGAGGAAACGGAUGACGAUGAAAACCAGGAAGAUAGUGACGACGAGGAUUCAUACACCGAGGAAACGAAUGACGAUGAAGACCAUGAACGUUGUGAUGACGAGGAUGAUGCUGAUCGUAGUCUCUUGUACUAUAUUGUGUCAUCAGUUUAUGAAACAGAAAGAGUUUAUCAUGAUUCAGACAGAAUUGAUUUAAACAGCGAUGACUGGUAUGAGAAACUUACAGACAUCCGACAGACGUAUAAAAUGAAACACAGAUCAAGAGAGGAGGACGUUCUUGCUAUUAAAUCAAUGACUAAAACAUCUAGACUAGUAAAAAUGGAGCAGACAAUUGUAUCAUGUGAUAUUGAUUCCAUUGGUGUCGAGAAAGAUGACAGGGUUUACAAUUGUCUGACAUUCAAUAAAAAUUAUUUAAAAUUCGUGAAGGAGACACCGUCAGAGUAUUUGCCAAUAUGCCUUGAGUUAGUGCCAAAGAUAGAUGAAAAAAUAUUGGGUAGCUUUGCGAUAUCUGAUAUUGUCUUGAAAUUAGGAUUAAAGUUUCUUCACCUUUUUCCGUACAAUAACAAAUUUAAGGAAAAAUAUGACAGAGGUUUAGAUAUCUUGAAUCUUCCUUAUGCUGUAAACUGCAUGAUAUGGUUCGAUGAACCUCCUUAUGAUAGUACGUUCAGUGAUUUCAAAGAAUAUGUGGAUGAGAUCAUGAAACGUGAAAACAAAUCCUUACAGACAUUGAAUUUGAACAGUCUCCUCGGCUCAUACCUUAUUGGACGAGAUACAGGCAAGGAGCUAGCAUUGGAUCACCUCGUACUUUCUCAUACAAAGUGGAGCAUUCUGGUUUCUAUUCUGAUGUCAGAGAGUUACAGUUUGUCAUUAAGAUCACAGUGGGAAGAAAGAUUUACAAAACUUCAAAGUGCUUUCCCGUUAUUAACCUGCGAGUCAAGAAUUGUAGAAAAAGAUAUCGCUGAAUUGACUGAUAUUUAUAAAGUGUUGAAGAAGGAGAACAACUCAGUCAGUUUUAUAUCAGAUGAUGUCCGCCAUCAGGUGAUGAGUUACUUCGUGAAGAAUUGUCUGAUAACUGAUGAGGACUACGAAAAUUAUAUCAAGUUGUCGUCACUGGAGUCGUUAUUCGAGUACGUACUACCGUGGUGGUAUGUUAAUUAUGAUGAAAUGUACACUUGGCUAGAUAGAUAUGUGUUCCUACCGGAGAGUUUAGAGAAUUUAUAUUGCCAAAGACUUGGAUUAGAUUCCUUACGUCAUCAAAUGGUGGAGUGGAAUGAUUCGAGUUUAGAUAGAACUGAAACAGUCAAAGAGGUACUUCGAAAAAAUUUUAACAUACCGGAGGAAAUAUUUGAUUGGGGAUAUGACGCACGAUGUAGAUACAUAAAAUGUGCUAAAAGGGGAACGAAGACAGUACACAGAGCUCGUGCAAUGAUUGUUGGAUGCGCAGGUGCUGGGAAAACUACCCUUCUAAAACGACUACAGAAGCUAGGAUUAGAGGAAUUACUGAAGGUGCGCUCCACUGUUGGACUUGAGGUUCAUGAGGACAUGUUUGAACUGGAUGAUGACUCUUCUUUAAGAGCAUUAUCAGGGAGUACAGACAAAGACGACAAACAGAUUCUGAGUGUAGUAGAUUUUGGAGGACAGUCUGCCUACUACGCCUGUCAUCAGGUCUAUCUCAGCAAAAGAGCGUUCUAUCUACUGGUCAUAGACAUGUCCAAACCUUUUACAGAAAAAGUUGAUGAAAAUAAAUGUGAGCAACGGGGAACAAUGUUUGCAGACUGGACAUAUGGAGAGUACGUUCUUUUCUGGCUGAAAUCUAUUCACACGUACUGCGCUGAGGACACAUCAGUCAUUAUUGUAGCUACACACAGUGAAAAUGCUACACAGAAG